ACCUCUGAUGCAUUCCUGUGGGACUCAGCCCAAGCCCACAGUGGGAAUUCAUCGUAAGCACCGCAGUGAGUUCCCUUCCUUUGCCUCAAUGUAGGCCAGUUCUUCGUGAAAGUGUUUCUAAAAAGACUUAUUUUACGGAAGAACCAAUUACUGUGUGUGCGUGGGUACAUUCGUAAUUUUACCUCGUUUAUCUCUGGACAGUAAGUGUAUUCCUGACGACAAAAUGGAACCCGGUGGGGUCAGAUAGCGGCUGCUUUCCCCUCGGGGCCUCGGACGACCUCAGCCCCACGUAAGGACGACAUCAUCACACAAGAAACUGUUUUGCUUACUUCAACAUGGAGCAGUUUGAACAGCUGUUGACAUGCGCCAUCUGCCUCGAUCGCUACCGAAACCCGAAACUGUUGCCAUGCCAACACUCGUUCUGCAUGGAGCCCUGCAUGGAUGGCCUGGUGGACUACGUCAGGAGACAGGUAAAAUGUCCGGAGUGUCGCGCAGAACACAGGAUUCCGUACCAGGGCGUGCAGGGUUUUCCAACAAACGUGACCUUGCAGCGGUUUCUGGAACUACACAUCGAGAUCACGGGCGAACUUCCAGACCCGACAAGUGGUCAGGUCAUGGAACGUUGCAACGUCUGCUCGGAGAAGUCCUACUGUUCCGUGUGUGUCCACUGCGAGAAGAAGAUUUGCUCGGAUUGCAAGGGAGCUCAUAUGGACAUUCUGCGACGCGAGAUCGCGCGUAUCAACAACCAGGUGCGACGGGCUCUCCACCGUCUGCAAGACUCCCUGGCACUGGUCGAGAAGAACUCGCUGAGCCUGCAGCAGAACUGCUUGUCUGUAUCGGAAGAAAUCGACGAGAUCUACCGACGCCUCAGCAAAGCUCUUAAGGAUCGCACCGAAUUCUUGAGAGGCGAGAUAGAUCGAUACCUCUCGACGGAAGUGCGGAAUCUCUCUACUCUCAAACAGAACCUAGAGCUCGAGAUAUCGAACAUACAGAGCAACUGCGACCUGGCAGAUAAACACAUGACCGAGGCAGUUGAGUGGGACGACUGUGAACUAAUGGACGCCAAAGAAAUAUUUCUAAAAACUGUCGAGUUCAUCCGGAAUUUUGAAUACGAAAAUGCAGACUAUAAUCGCAGAGUGAGGUUCUCAAUGUCGACGGAUCCAAACCAGUUGGUCCUGCAUGUAGCUGGAUACGGCGAGCUAACAAUCAACAUGCCGCAUCAACCAUUUAUUGGCGUUGGGGGAAGUGGAGGUGGAAUUGUGUCCACCAGUAGCAGUACAGGUCUUCUUCAGCCCCCGGGUGGACCUGGACUCAUGCGGUCAAAGAGUGACCACCGCCUGGCAUCUCAGUUCAGGCAACAAGAAGAGCGAGGCGUAUAUGACAGAGGUUACGGUGAUGGCAGUGGAGAUCCCAGCGGAACCUCAGGCCGAGUGUCUCCUCUAGGCCGCAAGUUCGGCGAACGCCAUUCGCAAAACCGUGGAGGUAAUGACAGGUACGAACAACAGCAGUCCCGCUAUGGGGGGCGGUCUGGUGGAGGCGGCGACUACUCAGGUGAGUUCGAGUCGCCCUAUGACACCGACGGGAACAGACCCAGGUCCAAAUACAGGUCCAGAUUCUCACGUCACCACGGCGACAACGCGGAUUCUGACAACGACACGCAGGGGAAUCGGUCAGUGAGAUUCUCCGAGGGACACAAGGAGCGAGAGCGGGUGUUGGACACUGAGGACGUCGCUCGAGGCCCACUCAGCGGCAUCAGCCGCUUGUACGAUUCUCCGCGAGUCAUGAAGCGUCUACAGGAGUCGGAGCAGCGAGGAAAGAAGAAAGAGACGGUCCCACCCACUCAAACCCCGCCGCUGCAGGUUAAGGCCCCACAACAAGUUCCAAAGCGCACGCAGAGACAAGUCAGCGAGGAGGACGAGAUUUCCAAGAUAAAGCGUGCCAACAAGACUGGAGCUUCAGCGUCUGUGGCAGCGGACACCACGACUCAGCCUACCCAGGAAGUCGGCCGACCGGUGUCAGAACGGAUCGCGGCCCUGAAGUCGCCGCGAGACACGUCCUCGGACGAUAGAGACAGCAGUCAGCCGUCAUCACCCACGAGCAGACUGCCACCGCGUGACCUGUCGUCGCCGACCAGAAAGACUCCAGGAACUGAGGUGGCGUCCAGCGACGCCGAGUCCGAUGACGGCUCGUCAGUGAGUUCACUUCAACAAACGCAACGCAAGACACCCGGAAAAACCGGUUCCGGUAAUGUGUCCAGGCGAUCUUCCGGUUCUUCCGACGUGGCGCCCCACAAAAAAGCCACGCGCUCCGCCAGUUCUGACUCCAGCACGUCGUCUGAGUCUUCCGCCGCGUCUACCUCAGCAGUCAAGGCCACGACGACAACGUUCACACCUGAGGAGCCGAGACAGAAGGUGAAAGUUUCUCCGGCAGAGAGUCCGGCUGGUUCCGGUGCAUCCACACCGAGAAACCGCUUGUCCUCCACCGGUUCCGAUACUCCCAAGAAACCGUUCCAGAGUCGGUUUUUACCCAACAGACAAACACCCACCACAACCCCCCCACCGGCUGUGGAGACGCCGACUAAGGAAGAGGAGGAAGAUGAAGAAGAGGAAUCUGAAAGCUCCUCGGAGUCUGAGGAAACGGAUUCUGAAGAUGAGUCCGCCGAUGAAGCUGGUAAAAAGAAGCCUGAACCACCCGUCGUGAAUAAAUCUGCGAUGGAAAGGUCUGAUAUUGGACCUCUGCUCGCCCGAAGUGCCCAGGCGAGGGACACGUCUGAAGCCGCAAGGAAAAACAGCAAAGAUGAAACCAGCACGACUAGCUACGGCAAGUCACGCUACGGCAGCGGGGCAGAAACGACCCCCAGUAGUUACCGACAACCAUACGUCCCGAAGGACGAUCCUCCUGCCGCCCCUACAGGAAGCAAGUACCUUAGCCGGAGCCGCGGAUCGGUGGACGAGGACAGCUCCCCGCCGUCGCGGUACGGGUCAGGGAGUGGAUACACGAGCAGGUUCCUGAACAAGUCGAAGAGCUCUGCUGUGAUGUCUCCAGACGAGGAGGCGGACUCCGGAGGCAAAAAAUACUCCACCGGAGACGACGCCAGCAAGUACCCCAGUGGUAGGUCAAGGUACGCCGCUCUUAAGGAUAGGCGUGCCCGUCUGGCGAGGAGCAGGAGUUCCCACAACUUCGGCGGACCUGAUGACGAAGAGCCUGAAGACAGUCCUUCGUCUCCGACUUCGUCAAUGCCUGCGACAUACCUGGCAUCCCGGUACGGUCCGGGGUCCCAGAGCAGCAACGACCUCGCAAGAAGUAGAUCGACUCACGCGCUCAAAUCGAGGGACAACUCGCCUGACAGAUCUGCGGCGGGAACCGAGAAGGACGGCGCGGCGCUCAGCUCGUGGGCCAGGUACCUUAAGAACAAGUACGGCAACAAGGCCAGCAACAGGGACGGCGGAGGCUCGGGUAGCGGCGCCUCCUCAUCUCCUUCGGCGUCUGCAACAGCUGCCAGACGCCUCUCAUUGGGUCUCCCGCUACGUCACAACUCAGCAAGUGUCGACAGUUCAGAUGACGACCAAAAAAACCCGGGAGGCUCCCCCACUUCCCCUACAGCAGCUACGGUGGCGGCAACAGGUUUCGCGGCAGCGGCAGGUUCCUGCCCUAGAAGCCAGUACCUGCAGAAACGUCGCCAGCAGUUCAAGAUUGGGAGUCGGGGGAGCGAGCCUGGAUGCUUCACGUGGCCCCGCGGCAUCGCCGUGGGUCCCGACAACUCUAUAGUGGUCGCAGAUUCGUCCAACCACCGCGUUCAAGUCUUCGACGCUAACGGAAUCUUCGCCAAAGAAUUUGGCAGUUACGGCAAUUCAGAGGGCGAGUUCGAUUGUCUAGCCGGCGUGGCAGUGAACAGGAUCGGCCAGUUCAUCAUCGCUGACCGAUACAAUCACCGCAUACAGGUGCUGGACCCUUCUGGUCGGUUCCUCCGAGCCUUCGGGAGCCAGGGCACCGCUGACGGCCGCUUCAACUAUCCGUGGGGCAUAACGACAGACGCCCUCGGUUUCAUCUACGUUUGCGACAAGGAGAACCACCGUGUGCAGGUUUUCCAGUCGGAUGGAACAUUUGUCGGUAAAUUUGGAUCGUGUGGAAGUAAGCCUGGCCAAUUAGAGCACCCACAUUACAUUGCUGUAUCGAGCACUAACCGGGUCAUCGUGUCAGAUUCCAACAAUCAUCGAAUUCAAAUUUUUGAUGUCAACGGUCGAGUACUCACCACCUUUGGCAAUGAGGGCUCUGAAGAGGGGCAGUUCAAAUUCCCCAGAGGAGUAGCAGUGGACGACCAAGGUUACAUAUUCGUAGCCGACUCGGGCAACAACCGCAUACAGAUCUUCCAUCCAGAUGGAACAUUUCUUCGGGCGUUCGGAUGCUGGGGAUCAGGGGAUGGGGAAUUCAAGGGACUGGAAGGGAUCGCUGUCAUGUCCAAUGGCAACAUUCUAGUCUGCGACAGAGAGAACCACCGCAUUCAAGUUUUCUAACUGCUCCAGCAACAAACAGGCCCCACCUGAUUAAUAGAUGUGUGACCUCAGUUCAAACAAAAACCAUGCCGAGAACUCAAUCACCAGUGUACUCAACUCCUGGGAGAAGACUGACAACAAAAUUUAACCUACGAAGAUCAUAACCAACCGUGGAUAUGUACCUGAUGUACAUUAGAGUAUUGGUACUUAGCAUGAAAAUUAAAACAAUUUCUCUCCAUCAGAUUAUUUCAAGGGCAAUUACUUUUUAUGAAAAGUCUAAGCGUUCAUGAAAUAAUGAUAAAUGCAUUAAGAGAUCACAUUAAUUGCCAUGCUUUUACAUGUAGGAAGCUUCUGUUAUAGAGUAAAUGUAACUCCUCAGUGUUUUUUAAUAAUGAAUUAUUUCAUCAUGUUUUGCACUUUUUCUAGAGGUUUCUCUUCUUUUUUCUACUUAAUUUUUGAUUUUUGCUAAGCGAUGCUUCUAUAGAUCACUAGAUACACCUCAUAACCUUGAAAUAAAAUGGCAUAAGGAAGCAACCUUAAUUUGAAGCUGUUAAUGUUGAAUACACAUUAAUGGUAAUUGUGUUGAUUGGGUUUGGUAUCCAAAUCUGAUUUAACACUUCAGGUAAGAAGUAAAAUGGAAUAGUUUUUAAAUAUAAAUCUAGUCAAUAAAUAUUUUCAUGAUAUAAAAUUGUCAAUGUUAAUUUAGAACACAGCCUUUGUAAUAUUUAUUAAUGUCUUCAGAAGUGCGUCUCCCAACUUACAACUUGUUCAGUUUGUAAAAAGUGUGUAUACUUGACACCCCAUCUAGUAAAUAAAAAGUUACAAAGUU